ACUGACCUUCGCGCAUCAUAAAUAACCCCGUGAAUAGCGUAUGCUUCGCGAGGCGCAUCUUACCAGAGCCUUGCGUGAGACGGGGUUGAAGUCCCCAGCGAUGACGGCAUGCUCUCGCAGCCUGCGCGCACUUGUGGUGAAGCACUCGGACUCGUCCUCUGUGAAUACAGAGGUAGACUCCUAUGCGGAAACUAGCAGCACACUCGCCAUGUCUCUGCAAGGGCCAAUACGGGUAGAGGUUUUCCAGGAAGAUUGUGGCCCCUGGUAUGAUCGUCACACCCUCUACAAAGUCACAGUCACCAAUGAAAGGCCCCGGUCAUCUUCUUGCGAGGAGAUUGACUCCAACGAAUACAGUGUAUUCAAACGUUUCAAGGUACCCUAA